CCAGUUGUUCGUGGGCAGGUCGGUUUAAAAGGUGUCCCAAAGGACACUCUCCACAGGGCGGCAGAGCACCCACCAUCUUCUCGGGCAGAACAAAAGAUGCCGACUUCCAUCACUUUACUAGAAAAUCUAUAUUCCUGAUAACUUUAGUUUUGAGAUUUACUCCUACUUAAGAGAUGAGGAGCCUGAUCCAACUUGAAGACAGUGUAUCAAGUGAACAGCCAGCCGGCCACCGCAAUGAAAGAAAUCAAGCCAGGAAUAACCUCUGCUGAAUCCAUGCUUCAACUGUCCCCGAGUGUUUCUUGACAUGCAUCUUGACUUACCAUACAUCACAACUGGAGAAUGGGGCUCAACUUGACACUUACAAAAUUACCAGGUAACGAACUGUACAGCCAAGCAAGUCAAGCUGCAAAUGGCACAAGCGAGGGAUAUGGGAAGAACUCCACCCUUCACAACAAAUUUGACACGAUCAUCCUGCCAGUGCUUUACCUAGUCAUCUUUGUGGCAAGCCUCCUGCUCAAUGGUCUGGCUGUGUGGAUCUUCUUCCACAUUCGGAAUAAAACCAGCUUCAUAUUUUAUCUCAAAAAUAUAGUGGUAGCUGACCUCAUAAUGACCCUGACAUUCCCGUUCCGAAUAGUCCGUGAUGCAGGAUUUGGACCUUGGUACUUUGAGUUUAUCCUCUGCAGAUACACCUCAGUUUUGUUCUAUGCAAACAUGUAUACAUCCAUUGUGUUUCUUGGACUAAUCAGUGUUGAUCGAUAUCUAAAGGUGGUGAAGCCUUUCGGUGACUCUCGAAUGUACAGCAUAACCUUCACUAAAGUUUUGUCAGUUUGUGUUUGGGUGAUCAUGGCUGUUCUGUCCUUGCCAAACAUCAUACUAACUAAUGGUCAACCAACUAAGGAAAAUAUCCAUGACUGCAUGAAACUUAAAAGUCCGUUGGGAGCCAAGUGGGAUAUGGCCGUCACCUAUGUUGACAGCUGUUUGUUUGUGGCCGUGCUGGUGAUUCUGAUUGGAUGCUACAUAGCCAUCUCCAGAUACAUCCACAAAUCCAGCAAGCAAUUCAUAAGUCAGUCAAGCCGGAAGCGAAAACACAACCAGAGCAUCCGCGUGGUCGUGGCUGUGUUUUUUACCUGCUUCCUCCCAUAUCACUUGUGCAGAAUCCCCUUUACUUUCAGUCACUUAGACAAGCUUCUAGAUGAAUCAGCACAUAAAAUUCUCUACUAUUGCAAAGAAACGACACUUUUCUUGUCUGCAUGCAAUGUGUGCCUGGACCCAAUAAUUUAUUUUUUCAUGUGUAAGUCAUUUUCAAGAAGGUUAUUCAAGAAAUCAAACAUAAGAACCAGGAGCGAGAGCAUCAGAUCACUGCAAAGCGUCCGAAGAUCAGAAGUGCGUAUCUAUUAUGACUACACCGAUGUGUAGGGACUGGAUAUUGAAAUCAAUAUGUAAAAGAGUGUAAAUAAAUGUUUCUUUUUAUUAUCCUGGCUGAA